AUGAUGGCAGGGCAGCAGGGAGAGGUCUAUGAGAAACAGGAUCUGAUCAAAUUCCAGAGCCACUCUGAGGUAGCAACAGAAAUAUCCUCUUUUAUGACCUACACGACGCUCACAUUACACGAUGCUGUUGGAGCAGGGUAUAAUUGGGACAGAAAUAAUUUAAGGAAAAGAGGCAGGAAGUAUCCAGCUCUAUCCUCCAUAUGGCGUCAGGCUGGCCUGAGUCUGCUAACUCUUUGUCUGAUGCUGCUGAUUGGGCUGGUGACCUUGGGGAUUAUGUUUUUGCAGACAUUUAAUGAUAUUAACUCAGACUCAGAGAAAUUGAGUCAACUUCAGAAAAUCAUCCACCAACGGCAGAAUAACUUAAUCCAGUAGCUGAGCAAUGAACUCUGCCAAGAGCUGAUCAUUCACACUUCAGAUGACAAACAUAAUCCUUGUCCUAAGAUGUCGCAAUACUACCAAAACAGCUGCUAUUAUUUUGCAACAAAUGAGGAGAAAACCUGGACCAACGGUAGAAACUGCAUGGACAAGAACUUCACCUUGGUGAAGAUAGAUAAGUUGUAAGAAAAGGAUUUUCUGAAGUCACAGCCAUUACUCAAGUUUUCUUUUUUCUCACUGGGAUUAUCAUGGGACCCAUCUGGCAGAAGUUGAGUAUGGGAGGAUGGCUCUAUCCCCUCUCCAUCCUUAGAAGUCUCUAACUAUUGGGAAAACACCAAGCUAAGAAUACUAAGAAAUGGAAUACUAAGAAAAUAA